AUAGACUUAGAGUUCACCAGUAUGUUCACUUCUCUCUGUGUGGUCAGCGGUACAAGACUUCCCAAGAUGUGGGUCCUCGUAUGGCUGUCAGCUUUAAUCUUUACUGCCACAGUCACCUCUAGUCCGAGUGACGAUGGUUUAUUCGGGAAUAACUGGCGUUCCUCCUUAGACUUUAUAGAUCAGCCUGGUCUGGACACCACCGUCAGGUUCACCGGCAGCCAAGGAGAUGCCUCACUUGUCUCAUCAGUCAACCACAGGAACCAAGCUGAUCAGUUCAACCACCGCAACGAUCAGUCUCCAGGUUUUACGAGACCACAGAUCCGUGGAGGCAGCACCAACUUCGGUGUCUCCAGCUUCCCUCUGAACGGGCCGCGAACCCAAGACGGACGGUUGAACUUCGGGCAACAGUCUCCGGUCUUCAAGACCCUAAGUAGCACUGAAGGCGGUGCUUUCGGGUCCCAAAGUGAUCAGCGUGUUGUUGCGAUCCCAUUGGAUGACCAAGAUGGACAGUUCAGAUUACGUCAACAAUCACCCAUCAUUAGGAGACAAGUGGGCAGUGGCACCAGUUUUGGAUCUAUCGUCCCUGUGAACGACCGUAACAAUCAAGAUAGCCAGUUCAGACUUGGUCAACAAAUUCCCUUUGGGAGACAGGUAGGCGGUGCUCCCACCUUCGGACCCAACAUCCCUGUGAACGACCGCAACAAUCUAGAUAACCAGUUCAGACUUAGUCAACAAAUUCCCUUCGGGAGACAGGUAGGCAGUGCUCCCACUUUCGGACCCAGCAUCCCUGUGAACGACCGCAACAAUCCGGAUGGACAUUUUAGGAUUGGUCAACAAUCUCCCAUAUUCACGAGACUACAUGUAGGCAGUGGGAACAACUUCGGCUUCCCUAACGGCCCUGUAAACGAACAACUUAGUCCAGAUGGUCAGCUGAACUUCGGACAGCAGUUUCCCAGGAGACGCCAACAAGGAAGCAGUAGCAACACCUUCGGCUUCCAGAACGGCCAACGAGAUGUAACCACAUUCGGUUCCACAAACAAAGACAUCCAAUUGAACCUCCGUCAGCAAUCUCCGAGCUUCAGGAGACGUCAACAUGGGAGCAAUAGUAGCACCUUGGGUUCCCAGAGCGGCCACUUAGAUGAUUUCCCAUCAGUCGACUCCAAAAACACAGAAAGCCAGUUGAGCCUCCGUCAGCAGUCUCCCAUCUUCAGAAGACGCCAACAAGGAUUUGGAAGCAGCACUGUCAGAUCCCAGACCGACCACCAAGAUGUCGACUCCACGGACAAAGAAAACCAGUUGAACCUCCGUCAGCAGUCUCCCAACUUCCCAAAAGAACAUGAAGAGGCCAUAUUCGGGUCCCCAAGUGAACAGCGACCUAUAGUAAUCCCAGCAGUGGAGCACCUCGAUCAAGAGAGCAAACCGGACAUUCGUCAGUCUCCCAGUUACACGGUUUUACGGCUGUCUGGUCUUAAUCUCCUAGCAGACGACAUUACCACCGACCACACUAGAAACUCCUCCCACGUAGCCACCACCACCACAGCUAGCACCACAGCUACCACCUUCGGAACCACCACAACCACAAUCCCACCAACGCUGAACUUCAGCACACUCUUCAAAGGCGGGCUUAAAAAAGAUAUGCGGGUUGAGGGAGGUGAGUCUCCAGCUCCUGGUUCCUCAAGCAAGUCGACCACUGGAACCACCACUGCCAGUACCCCCAUAACUCCUACGAUCAAUUAGGUCUAUCGCCUAGGCCUACUGCAGUAACUGGGUACCUUAACUAGGCUUACGACAGAAAAACUGCACAUAGGCCUACCAUCGAGGCCAGUUGCAAUAUGUUCACCACCAGGACCACGGUUCGAGCCUCCUGUUCGUUCUUCCGUUUAUUCAUCACAGUUCGAUUGCUAGCGCACUCAGCUCACAAAAUGAAGUCCGGGGUCGAUCCCCGGUACGGGUGGAAACAUUAGGACAUGUUUCCUUAAGACACCUGCUGUCUAUGUUCACCUAGUAGUCAGUAGGUACCUGAGUGUUAGUUAUCUUUCACCUGUUGUCCAUGUUCACCUAGCAGUAAAAUAGGUACCUGGGUGUUAGUGGACUGGUGUGGGUCGCAUCCUGGGACAUGUAGAAUUAUUAUUAUUAUUAUUAUUAUUAUUAUUAUUAUUAUUAUUAUUAUUAUUAUUAUUAUUAUUAUUAUUAUUAUUAAUUAUUAUUAUUAUUAUUAAUUUAUGUACCGACAAUUAAUUAAAAAUGUUUAAUAUUAGGCCCUUAUUUAAAAUAAAUGUUUAUUUUACCGAAAAUAUGUGAGUUUUAGUGGAUAAAAUUAAAAAAAAAAUUAUAUAUAACUUAAAAAUAUAUAUAAAAUUAAAAAAAAUAGAAUCAGCAUUUUAUUUUUUUUUAAAUGAUCAAAGUCGACAAAAAAAUCUUCAUGGCUGAAACGGAAUUAUUUUUUGGGAACCAAAAGUGACAGUGAAGAUACUGAUAAGAUAUUAAUUUUAAUUUUUAAAGUGGAGUGGUAAGCCAGUGGAAGGCCUCGGUCAGAUGACCUAAAGCUCUAACUGUGGGUCAUCAUAUGACUAAGACCCGCGUCAGAAAAUACUUGUCCUGUUUCGCUUUCCAGGAGUUUUGUCAAGCCGUAACAAAGCUCCUGGAGACCGAAACGUUGCCUCAAUAAAAUGUCACAUUAGUUA